AUGGUGGAUUUUGAGAUGUUUUUGCAGCAAGAAGAACAGAUCUCGACACCGGCUCCCAUCACUGCCAACAUUGCACAACGUCAUUACAACGGCUACAAUCGAGGACACCAUCAUAUUGGCCGCAACAAUCAUCACCAUAACCAUGAUUCACAAAGUCGCAACAACUAUAAUGGUCAUUAUCAAACUUUCCCAAACAAUAAGAAGCCAGCAUCCAACAAUGUUGUCAUAUGUCAAUAUUGUGAAAAUUUUGGCCACACAGCAAAACAGUGCUACAAGAUUAAUGGAUACCCAAACAAGCCUAGUCAUCCUACUGCACAUGUUGCACAAACAGUGGCCUCUCACUCGUCUCCACCUUCAUGGUUCUUUGAUUUCGGCGCAUCCCACCAUAUUAUCAAUGACAUGAGAAAUUUAUCCAUUAAAGAAGACUAUCAUGGAUCUGACAAUCUCCAAGUUGCAAAUGGUAAAGGACUUGCAUACAAAGGAGAUUCUUCUGCGAGGAUUGAAUGA